CACUGAGAGCUGUACUCACAUGGUUCAUGUCCUCGGUUUUGCACGGUGUCCUGAUCGGGUGUGUGUCGGUGUUUGUGUAGGUUGUGUUGUUUGUGUAAGUGUGUGUGUGUGUGUGUGUGUGUGUGUGUGUGUGUGUGUGUUAUGAAAGCGAACGAGCGUGAAGAGAAAUGCUGCAGUUUCCUUCUACUGUACUGAGAGCUGCUGUACACUCUCACCUGACACCAGGUGUUUUAAAGUGUGUGUGCAGGAGUGUGUGGACUAAACCUGGAGGAUGGACGAGCAAGACAGUACCUCUGAGAUGCCUGGGACAGCCGAGUCCUUACACACACCCUCAGCUCAUGAGACACGGUGAGGUGACCCCCGGCUUGACCCAGACGGAGUAUGAGGUGCGGAGACAGUCCCUGGCGUCCCUGAUCGAGUCACGUGUCCCUGACUCCUCCCACGUCCUUAUUGUCCUGUCUCACCCUGUACGCUACAUGACCAACGACAUCCCGUACCCGUUCCACCAGAACCAGGACUUCCUCUACCUGACCGGCGUCCUGGAGCCCGACUGCGCCCUCGUCAUGUAUGGCUCGCCCCGGCCCAACCGCACCCUGCUGUUCGUCCCGCCCAGAGACCCCGCCCGAGAAUUAUGGGACGGGCCGAGGUCAGGACGAGAUGGAGCCGCUGCUCUCACCGGCAUCCAGACUGUCCACAGCAUCGAGGAGCUCGGCGCCGUCCUCAACAAGCUUAAAGGAUCAGUGGUGUGGUAUGAUGGCUCUAAGCCGGUUCAUCCUCGUCUCCAUCAGACUCACGUUGUCCCCGUGUUGGAGGGACAGGUGUCUGUUCGGCCCCUGCGCUCUCUCACUCACUCUCUCCGAGCCAUAAAGAGUCCUGCUGAGCUCCAGCUGAUGGAGAGAGCAGGAGACAUCACCUCACACGCGUUCAGGAACACCAUGGCGAUGUGCCGUGGAGACGUGGACGAGGCUCUGAUCUACGCGAAGUUUGAUUUCGAGUGUCGAGCGCACGGCGCUAACUUUCUAGCCUAUCCUCCGGUGGUCGCCGGGGGAAACCGCGCAAACACACUUCACUACAUCAACAACAACCAGAUCGUCAAGGAUGGAGAGAUGGUGUUGCUGGAUGGAGGGUGUGAAUAUUUUGGCUACGUCAGUGACGUCACCAGGACGUGGCCCGUGAGUGGACGGUUCAGUGAGGCUCAGCGGUGUGUGUAUGAGGCCGUGUUGGAGGUUCAGUUGGCGUGUUUGGAGUUGUGUGUUCCUGGGAUCAGUCUGGAUCACAUUUACUCGUCCAUGCUCACACUGCUGUCCAAACAGCUGCUCCGCCUCGCCGUGUUACCGCACGACGCCGACCACGCCCACGCGCUCAGGGCAGCGAGACGUUACUGUCCCCAUCAUGUAGGUCAUUACCUGGGGAUGGACGUCCACGACACUCCUGAUCUGUCUCGCUCUCAGCCCCUGCAGGCUGGCAUGGUCAUCACCAUCGAGCCUGGUCUGUACUUCAGUGAGGAUGAUGACGCAUGUCCGCAGCACUUCCGCGGCAUCGGCGUACGUAUAGAAGACGACGUGGUGAUCCGAGAGCAAGACGGCCCCCUGAUCCUGUCCACACACACUCCCAAAUCAGUGCGUGGUGUAGAAAGCGCCUGUGCAGGGUCACAAGGGUGAAGGAGGUUCUCCUGGUUCUCCUUGUUCUCUACGUCACUCUGCUCACGUGUACGUGUUUAGUACCCUUCGUGAAGUGCCCUUGUCUCAGGACGCUACAGGAGCCUGAGCACUGCAGGAGGACAUGCUGAGACACAUGUACUCUGUGUGUGUGUGUGUGUGUGUGUGUGUGUGUGUGUGUGUGUGUGUGUGUGUGUGUGUGUGUGAAAAUGUGAAUUACCUCGUCUGGUUCUUUACUUGACGUGUCUUUUAUGUCUUUGGUUAUUUUAGGAAAAAGAAAAUCUGUUUAAAGCCUCAAUAAAGGCGACGUCUGUCCCAAAAACACA